UCAGUCAGAAACAGAGCAGAGCAGGGGAGCAGAGGUGAUCUCACACUCAUCAGCACAGGAUAACACAACCAUGAUGGGUUGAUUUGGGGGGAGGUGGUUGGAGAGAGGAAGUGUGCAUUCGCCACCCCUUGCCCUGCUAUGGAGACCAACAAAGUUCUUCAUUUCGUGCCUUCUGAGGCACCUCCGUCUGGGAUGUCCAAGAAUGGAUACUUCUUUCAAGAAAUGGAGCAGCGGGAGGCGGAGCAGGAGGAGGGCAGCGAGGGCCGAGAGGAGGGACAGGACUCACCCAUCGCCUGCGGAGAUGACAUCCACCUUUAUGACAACCAGAUCAGCCCCGGGCCAGAUGCUGACGACUCUGGCUGCGUGUUGCUGAACACGUCUAGAAGGUAUGUGAAGCUGAUGAACUUCGAGGAGGAGGUCCGGGCGCUCCGGGACCUGGAUGGCUUCCUGGCCAGGGCAAGUAUCCUGCUGGACGAGACGGCCGCCUCCCUGGACGACGUCCUCAAGAGGAUGCUGCACCAUGUGGGCCAGGAUAGCCACUCCUCUGAGCCCAGCUGCAACUUUGAGGAGGUGAUGAGCAUGCUUUUCACAGAUGCAGGAGCUCAGGAAGUCAACGACAAGUCUCAAAGUUUCGUUUUCUUUGAUGAUGUUCACCUGCUGUCGGAGACGAUUCAGGGAGUGACGGCCACGGCCACCGGGGUCCAGUACCAGCAGUCCUGGCUCUGCAUCCUCUGCAACGUGAAGCACCUCCAAAGGCGUCACGUGUGCAUUUCCCGCCUGGAGAGGCCACAAAACUGGGGGGAGAACUGCUGCGAGGUCCGCUACGUCAUCCUGAUCCUGGCACCAUCCAAAAUGAAAAGCACCAAGACGGCGAUGGAGCUGGGCAGGACAUUUGCCACCCUCUUCUCCGACAUCUCCUUCAGACAGAAGCUGCUGGAGACGAAAACACAGGAGGAGUUUAAGGAGGCUUUGCUGUUCCAGAGGCAUCAGCUGACGGCUGCCAAUCAGCAGCCCACCGCCCUGGGAAAAGAGGAGACCGACCCGCGGAGUCACAAACCUCUCAAGUGUACAGAUUUCUUCAAAGCCGGCCGGGGGAUUUAUGAAGACUUCUGCCGCAGACUCCCUUUCUACCCCUCCGACUUCACAGAUGGUGUAGUUGGCAGUAAUAAAACCCUGCUGAAGUACAUGACUACAGCCAUCUUCCUCUACAUUGCCAUCCUCCUGCCCGCCAUUGCUUUCGGCUCCCUCAAUGAUGAAAGCACCCGCGGCGAGAUCGAUGUUCGGAAAACCAUCAUCGGCCAGAGCAUCGGCGGGGUCAUCUACUCGUUGUUCGCUGGCUCUCCGUUAGUCAUUCCUCUCACCACCGCUCCCCUUGCCAUCUUCAUCAGCGUGAUCCGAGGAAUCUGUGAUGACUACAACCUGGACUUCCCAGCUUUCUAUGCCUGCAUUGGUUUGUGGAACUGCCUCUUCCUCAUCCUGGGGGGCAUUUUCAACGUCAGCCUGCUGAUGAAGCUUUUCAAAAGGUCGACUGAGGAAGUCAUUGCCCUGUUCAUAUCCAUUGCAUUUGUGGUCGAUGCUGUGAAAGGCACAGUCAAAAUCUUUCAAAGGUACUACCACGCACCAACGCUGGCUAACCAGAGCAUGGAUGACUUUCGCCAGGGCGGAGAGCUGCUGGGGGGAAACCGGAGUGAGGCGGUGACCAAGUUCGCCCUCAACGCCUUCCCUGAAUCUCUCAUCCAGUGCACUCGAGAGAGCCCCGUCCUCUGCCUCCUCCUGAUGCUUGGGACGUUAUGGAUGGGCUAUACCCUGUACCAAUUCAAACGGAGUCCGUUCCUCCAUGCCAGUGUCAGAGAGGUGCUGUCGGACUGCGCCCUGCCCAUCUCAGUGCUCAUGUUCUCCGUCGUCGGCUCCUACCUUUUCAGUGACAUUGAGCUUCCAGUGUUUAAAGUUCAUGACCGGCCCAUCUUCAAGGUGGCUCCGUUCGAGCGGCUGUCAGCCAUGAACGUGGUCAGCGCCAUGGGCCUGGGCUUCCUCCUGGCUCUGCUCAUCUUCAUCGACCAGAACAUCGUCGUCUCGCUGACCAACGCACCGGAAAACAGGUUGCUGAAGGGGACGGCGUAUCACUGGGACCUGAUGCUCUCCGGGCUCAUUAACAUCCUGAUGUCUCUGCUGGGGUUGCCCUGGAUGCACGCCGCCUUCCCUCACUCCACCCUGCACGUGCGGCAGCUGGCCUUCGUGGAGCAGCGCGUGGAGGGGGGGCACCUCUACGAGACCAUCGUCCAGGUGAAGGAGACCCGUCUGACGUCUCUGUGCGCCAACAUCUUCAUCGGCGUGUCGGUGCUGCUGCUGCCCGUCCCCCUGCAGUGGAUCCCCAAGCCGGUUCUGUACGGCCUCUUUCUCUACAUCGCCCUCACCUCCAUCGACGGGAACCAGAUGUGCGACCGCAUGGCCCUUCUCCUGAAGGAGCAGACGUCUUACCCACCAACCCACUACAUCCGCAAAGUGCCCCAAAGAAAGAUCCACUACUUCACCUUCUUACAAAUGAUGCAGCUGCUGGUGCUGUGCACGUUUGGCAUGUACCCCAUCCCGUACAUGAAGAUGAUCUUCCCGCUGGUCAUGAUUCUCCUCAUCCCAAUCAGGAACAAUGUGCUUCCUCACAUCAUUGAGGCCAAAUACUUGGACAUAAUGGACGCCCAACACAUGUAGCUGCAGAAGAACUUGAGCUCCGAUCCUCAGAUAAAAAGAUCUCUGGAAUUUAAAAAAAGAAGAAAAAAAAGAAGAGAAUAAGAAGAUAGGAAAAAAAAGCAUAUUUUUCAAUGCAAAACUAUAUGGAAGCAAAAAGGAGAAAUACCGACCGUUUAGAUUUUUUUUUUUUUGUUUCUCUUAAGUAGAUUCUUACAGGUAAAGCACUGGAAAAGUGGGAAGUUGUGUAAGGAAGGCCGAUGAGAUGCAGUAAGCUGGCGGCAUCUCCGUGGAAAAGUUCAUGGGGGAUAAAAUACAAACACGAUAAUAAAAAGAAGAAAAAAAAAGAAAUGGACUGUCCAGAACUCCUUGUUUCCCCUCUGUUAGACCCAGAUUGUUCCCAAACCUCCAUGUUCUUCUCUCACACCUUCACGUUUAAUGGUGACACUUUACAACAUCCUAACUGCAGUGUAGCCGUGUGUGUUUGACCCGUGGGCCGGUGUUGGAUUCCCUCAUGCUGAAUAAGUGAUGAACAUGCUGCCACUGUACAACGCCUGUACUAGGAACGGUGUAAUGGCACAAUGCAAGUAUGAACAUGAUCUCUUUUGGCACUUUACUCACAUUGUGUUUUUACACAGUUAUUUAGGCAUGUUUUACAUGCAAACACCGUGUUUAUAAGUACUUAAAUACUGUCGAGUGGGUCCGUUAAAAGCACUGCAUUUUGGCCUCUGUAAAGUAAGCUUUUGACCUUUUUGUACAUCUAUCACUGUGCAGUGUUACGACGUCUACAUUCCUGUUCCUCUUAGCCGUGGCUCCCCGUUUUUCUAUGAAGGACACCUGCACACAUACGUAUUUAGUUUCUAAGUCAUUCCAACAAAUAUUAGUAUUUGAUGAGCGAAAAAAGGUGUGUGUGUGUGUGUGUGUGUGUGUGUGUGAGAGAGAGAGAGUGUGUGUGUGUGUGAGUGUCACAGACACAGAACUAAUCUGCCCUUCACCUAUCCACCUCUAAAAAACCUGUUUUAAAGGUGGAACAACGUCUUCAGACGAAUCAAAAACACAUUUCACGGGUAUUUAUUAUAUGUGAUUAUUUAGAACAACAGCACAAACCAAAAACACAUAGAAAGAAUAUUUAUCUUAUUAUAGAUAUAUUAGAAUAUAUCAUGGCAAUAUACAAAAAAUAUUAUUGGUCAAAUUGAGAUAGAAUAUUUAUGUAUCAUAAUGACAGCCUAUUCUACAAGUAAAUGAUAAUUUUGUACUCUAAAGUAUAAUUUUUGUGUUUGCUCCUUUACAUUCCACUUAGUCGUGUUGUUGUGUGUUCCCGUCCCAUGCGGCGCUGCCGCCGUGUUUACAUGCCGAGCCCGUCCUGCUCCACGUCACAGUCCAACACAGUUCUAGUGAAGGCACGGGUCAGGCUAAAGCUGAAGAGAAGAAAUGAAACGACAAAAAUACAACAAAAAAUAUCCUUUUAUAUUUUACUUAUUCCUUUUUUGUUCAUGGAAAAAUAUUCCAAGAUGAGAUUCAGAAUAACUCUUGUCUUUUUUUUCUAUUUAGAUGUUAUGAUUAGAACUGUGCUUGCAAAUGUUGUCAUGAUGUAAUAAUGCAGCGGUAUGGAGAGAUUUAUCUAGUUAACUACAGUUCAAAAGAAAAAAUUCUAAGCACUGGUUUGCUUAAAGCAUGUCUCAUCUGGAUUUUUCAAACAUUGUGAUGCCAGUUGACAUGUAUCCUACACGAGUAAAAAAGAAAAAGAGUAGCAAGUCAAAAAGCAACUUUCCAAUAAAGUGAAUGCAAUGCUCAAUAUUCAGCAAUACUGUGUAUAAAACAUAAGUUCACUGGUGAGAUGUGGGUUUCCCGCUGAAGCUACACCCGUCUCUGAAGAUGACAGGCUCGCUGUUUUUUUUAAAACGGCCACUUUUCUGUCCGUCUUUAUGAUGAAAACUACUCUGCUGAUUCAAUUAUUUCACACACCGAGGAGAAAACACUUUGCCCGCCAGAAGAGGCAUCUACAGUGCUUGAUUUCAUUUCAGUUCUGUUGCUUUUCCCAAAAUUCAGAUGGCAGCUCCCUCAUGCAGCUCUGUGCAACUUUGUCCCACAGAUGUGAGAAAGAUGUCCAAUUUAAGCAGAUGUCUCACGCUGCGAUAGCGAGGCAUGAAAGGAAAGCUCGGCAGCAUUUGCAUAAUCCUUGGACUAAGCCUUAAGGCAGCGCUGUUGAAAGAAGAACGAGAUUGUGAGGUAUAAAGUAAUAUGUACAGUUUGCAAUGCAAAGUUUAGUUUUAUCAAACAUUCAUUAUAAUCCAUGGCAAGGUAUUAGUUUCUAACUUUGGACUGAGAGCAGAGAUUUAAUUUUUCUUCUUAUGUGACAGUACUGUUGUUCCUUGAUAUUUUCAAUGUACUGAUGAUUUUGGAAUAGCAGCAAACUUCUCUCAGAGGACUUGAUAUUGGAUUUAGAGUCAAAAACCUACUACUCUGUGAAACCGUCACCAUCUUUUCUCCUGAUUGGAUUUGUUUUGAACUGCGUACUGUGGUGUUUUGUUUCGUUUGUUUCUUUUCCUGAUUUCAUAUAACCUACUUUUUCUAAUCAUGAAUGUAUGUGUGGAUUUUUAUAUAGCAUACUUAUUUAGGUGUCAAACAGAAUCUGUAAUUUUGUCAAAAAGAUCAGCUAUAUUUGUAAGCUGUAAUAUGUAAAAUGAAGAAAAAAAUGGUUAUCAAAAAGAAUGUGUUGGUUUACUAUAGUACAUAUAUAUAUACUAUACACUGAAAAAGAGAAAUAUCUAAAGCUGUUUGCCAAAUAAAAGUAGUA